UUGGUGCUUUUGCCUUUUCUCGCCGGUGUCGCUCUCGCCUAACUCUUGGCCAUGUCGGAAACGGCUCCUGCUGCCUCCUGCAGCCUGGUCCCAGCUCCUGUCGAGAAACCGCCACCUAAAAGGCGAGGGAAGAAGCCAGUCCUCGCGGCGGCUCGCAAACCCCGGGGGUUCUCGGUUUCCAAGUUGAUCCCCGAGGCCCUUUCGGCGUCCCAGGAACGGGCGGGAAUGUCGCUGGCGGCCCUGAAGAAGGCGCUGGCGGCCGCCGGCUACGACGUGGAGAAGAACAACAGCCGCAUCAAGCUGGCCCUCAAGAGGCUGGUGAACAAGGGGGUCCUGGUGCAGACCAAGGGCACCGGCGCCUCCGGCUCCUUCAAGCUCAGCAAGAAGGCGGCCCCCGAGAGGGUCAAGGGUAAGGCCAGGAAGUCGGCUUCGGCCAAGGCCAAGAAGCUGGGCUUGCCCCGGGCCUCGAGGUCCCCCAAGAGCACCAAGACCAAGGUCGUCAAGAAGCCGAAGGCGACGCCCACCAAAGCAUCCGCCAAGAGCAAAGGCGCCAAGGGGGUGCAGCCGCGGAAAAGCCCCGCCAAGGCGAGGGCGGCCAACCCCAGCGCUGGCAGGCCCAAGAUGGUCCUGCAGAAGACCGACCUGAAGAAGGCGGCAGCGAGGAAGUGAGCUGCAAAGCCGGCUUUAAAAAAACCCAAAGGCUCUUUUAAGAGCCACUUCCGUGAUUUUUAAAAUGGCGAAACACUUUUAAAGUGAACGAGCUGGGCGGUCGGCUCGGGUGGAUCUGUCUUCUGAAGCCUGGAGUUGAGACGUUUGGGGGCCCCUCGGUGUAGCCUAUUUACACACUUGGCUGGGUAUCAGUGCUUUCAUACU